UGUCGACUCAGUUCCUGCUUGAUCAGGCGAGCGAUGAUGGUUCGGCGGCUCCUAUUCCUGGGGCUGCAGGUCUUAUUGCAGCUGGGUCGUUUGAAUGCAGGGUCUCCGAGCUCGUCGCCGCAUCUGGUCUUUAUCCUGGCCGACGAUCUAGGCUGGAACGACGUGGGCUGGCACGGCUCCCAGAUCCGCACCCCGAACUUAGACGCGCUGGGUGCCGCUGGAGUGCGCUUGGAGCGCUACUAUACGCAGCCGCUGUGUACUCCCUCUCGCAGUCAGCUGCUGACCGGCAGGUACCAGAUCCAUACAGGUUUACAGCAUCAAAUAAUUUGGCCUUGUCAGCCAAGCUGUGUCCCACUGGAUGAAAAACUCCUGCCUGAGUUGCUUAAAGAAGCUGGCUAUGUUACUCACAUGGUGGGGAAGUGGCAUAUAGGAAUGUACAGAAAAGAAUGUCUUCCUACCCGUAGAGGAUUUGAUACUUACUUUGGCUACCUUCUUGGAAGUGAAGAUUAUUAUUCUCAUGAACGCUGCGUGCCUAUUGUGUCUAAAAAUGUGACCAGAUGUGCCCUUGAUUUUCGAGAUGGAGAAAAAAUUGCUGAGGGAUUCAAAACUAUGUAUUCUACUAAUGUAUUUACAAAAAGAGCUCUUGAUCUUAUAGCAAGUCAUCAAACUGAGAAGCCAUUAUUUCUUUACUUUGCCCUGCAAUCUGUCCAUGAGCCCCUUCAAGUGCCUGAAAAAUACAUAGAACCAUAUUCUUUUAUCAAAGAUGAAAAGAGACGCAAAUAUGCUGGAAUGGUUUCCAUAAUGGAUGAAGCGGUAGGAAAUAUCACUUCAGCCUUGAAGAGAUGUGGCCUUUGGAAUAAUACCAUUCUCAUCUUUUCUACAGAUAAUGGAGGGCAAACUCUGGGAGGUGGAAACAACUGGCCCUUAAGAGGAAGAAAGUGGACAUUAUGGGAAGGAGGAGUGAGAGGAGUUGGAUUCGUUGCCAGUCCUUUAUUGAAACGGAAAGGAGUCGAAAGCCAUGACCUGAUCCACAUUUCUGAUUGGCUGCCAACUUUGGUGAAGCUUGCUGGAGGACAUACCAAUGGCACAAAGCCUUUAGAUGGCUUUGAUGUCUGGAAAACACUCAGUGAAGGAAAACCAUCACCCAGGAAGGAGCUACUUCAUAACAUAGAUCCAAUUUUUGUGGAUCCAUCUCCAUGUGCUGUCAGCAGCCACAAAAUUUCAUCACAGAAUAAUUAUUUUUCAUGGGAAGAUUCCAUUUUCAAUACCUCCAUACAUGCUGCAGUUCGACAUGGAAAAUGGAAACUACUCACAGGCAAUCCUGGCUGCAGUCAUUGGUUUCCACCACCGUCUUUAUUCAACGAGUCAAAUACUUUGUCAUUAGAUCCAUCCACGAAGAAGCUUUGGCUGUUUGAUGUUGUCCAUGAUGCUGAAGAAAGAAAUGAUUUGUCAGAACAGUAUCCUGACAUUGUGAAAAAACUGCUGUUGCGACUCCAGCAUUACUAUAAGAACUCUGUCCCUGUGUUCUACCCAGAAGAGGAUCCGCGCUGUGAUCCAUCUGCACAAGCUGCUUGGGGGCCUUGGUUGUAGGAACUUGCACAGCAAACAUUAUUAUGUCAUGCAGUAGAGUUGAAAAGUGGUUUGCCAUGCUCCAUUUGUGUACAUCAGAUGUAUGUGCUCUUGCAUAACGAUAACAGCAACCAUUCCAUAAACUCAGGGAUACAAAUAAAGAACUCUGGGAUCCUUUUAUUGUACCUUGACAGUUUCAAUUUCAGACAUUUGGAUUUAUUUCUUACUCAACGAACCUGGGCAAUUUUAAUUUCACAUUAGAUUGGUCUUGAAGUUCUACCGAAAUCAUAAGUCUGUAAUUUGGAAGUUAGUUUUUGUUCAAAGCAGAGGGUAAAGAGAUGCUGCCUUUCCAAAAUUUCUGGGCAGCAGCUGGGAAACAUUAUUUCAUUUGGAAAGCUCUGAGUCAUGGGUGGUGGUGGGAUGAUAGGGGCUUCUAAAUUCCUUCACAUUUGAAGUCAGAUCCUGGAUUUCAAUAUUUGCCUGAAGCAGUCAGCAUUAGUGGAGGUGAGGGAGGAUGCUGAAGGAAUUGAGAAGAAAAAGUGAAGAAGCAGAUUAUUGCGCUGUCUUGGCAUUUCUUCGUUCACCUUUAUCUUCCCAAUUAGAAGAGCAUUCCAAUUUUCUCAUGUGUACAACUUCUUAUCCAAGAAAUUCACAGAACCUCUUUAGAAACUGCUGCCAAAUUUUAAGAAAGUAUUAAAUACUAUUUAAUUCCAAUAAUCUUUUUUUUCUGAUUUCAUGUUUUAAAUCUGGCCUUGUUAACUUUGUGGAAUCUGAUUUUCAGAGGCAAACUGUGGCUCAUAGAUUGAAGAGAGGUCAUACACUCCUAUAAUUUACAAGGUCUUUGCUUAUACAGCCUUCAUUUAAAGUCUGUCUCUAAAUUCUGCAGUUUGAACAGAGCAAUCUUGACAUAUCUAUUUAAAUUUCAGAUUUGGAACA